AUGAACAUAUCACCCAAAGUUUUGUGGUCCGGCCUAGCAUUCUUCCUGGUUUGCUUUGGGGCCUGCCUGUUGGUCUACAUCCAUCCCACCCAGCUUUGGGUUUACCUCAGACUAAGCCAGGAUAAUUUUACAUCAAAAAAAGGCCCGUUCUUGGAUUCGGAUGAACUCUACAAUAACCAAAGCAACACCACUCUCGUUCUGCUCUGGCUGAGCCCUUUUGGGCGCACACUUGGCCCGUUUGAUUGUCUGGACCUGAAUAUCCCCAGAUGUUACAUCACCAUGAAUCGGAGCAUGUACAAUCGGUCCCACGCGGUGGUCUUUCACCACCGAGACAUUUGGUGGGAUCUCAAAAACCUCCCUCAGCAGCCCAGGCCUCUGUUUCAGAAGUGGAUCUGGAUGAACAUGGAGUCACCCAGUCACUCGCCCCCCAAGCAUGGAUUGAAUCGCCUCUUCAACCUAACCCUCAAUUACCGCAGGGAUGCAGAUAUCCACAUACCUUACGGCUUGCUCAUCUUUCACCCAAAAGCCUCUCGGGCAGAAGUUCCCCCGAAAGAUAAACUCGUAUGUUGGAUAGUCAGCAACCGGUUUCCCCAGGAGAGAAUUCGAUAUUACAAGGAAUUAAAGAAAUAUAUUAAAAUUCACACUUAUGGGAAAUUGUUUGGACGCCGCCUGAGCUGGAAAGAAUUCCUGCCCACCGUUUCCUCUUGCAAGUUUUAUCUGGCUCUUGAAAAUUCCAUCUUUAAAGAUUAUAUUACCGAGAAAACUUUCAUAGCGUUUUCGGCUGGAUCUGUGCCGGUGGUUCUGGGUCCUCCCAGAGAAAAUUACGAGGAUUACAUCCCACCUCAGUCUUUCAUCCACGUGGACGAUUUCGAGUCACCUAGGAAUCUCUCAGAGUACCUUCUGAUGCUUGACCAAAAUGAUACACUAUAUCGAAGUUACUUUGAAUGGAAGAAAGAUUUUGGGGUCUACCGUCCUCAUUUCUGGAAAUCACACUUAUGCCUGGCUUGUGACUACAUCCAGAAACACCCGGGGUACCAGUCUGUCGGAAAUUUACAAAAAUGGUUUUGGAAUGAUAGUUGUAGUAAUUUUUUCCCUACACAUUAA